AUGUUACAUUGUCUUCGGGAUGGAUUUAAUCCUACAUAUAAGAACUGGACAGGUCAUGGUGAAAUAUAUGUUCCGUUUCACUCAAAUGAAGAUGGUAAAAUGUUCGAUUCUCGAGACAACAUGGCUGGUAUGUUGCAUGAUGCAAUGGGAAUUUCGAAUAAAAAUAUGGAGCAGGAUAAUGACCAACAAUCGACCUUUAGUAAUUUAAAUGGAGCUGAUGAAGAAACAAAGAAUUUCAUUAAAUUAUUGCGAGAUGCUGAGACUCCAUUAUUUCAGGGAUGUAAAAAGCAGACAAAGUUAUCUUUUAUUGCUCGAUUGUUGCAACUGAAGGUCUUAUGUCGUUGGACUAACCACUCAGUGGACUUGCUCCUUGAAUUGUUGAAAGACUCGUUCCCUGAUGAUGUAAACUUACCAGCUAACUGCUAUGAAGCCACCAAAAUAACAACAGAAUUGGGUUUCACAUGUAAGAUUAUCGAUGCAUGUCAUAAUAAUUGCAUGUUAUUUCGUGGUGAAGAUGAAAAAUUGGAUAAAUGUGAAAUUUGUGGUGGAGCUAGAUAUGUCGAUGAUGUUACAAAGAUAGCAAAAAAUCAAAUGAGGUACUUUCCAUUGAAGCCGAGGUUACAAAAGUUGUUCAUGUCGUCAAAAACUUCUUCGCUUAUGAGAUGGCAUGCUGAGAAACGUAUAGAUGAUGGGAUACUUCGGCACCCCGCUGAUAGUCAAGCAUGGAAAAACUUUGAUGAGAGAAAUCCAACCUUUGCGAGUGAUAUUCGCAAUGUUAGACUUGGCUUAGCAACAGAUGGAUUCAACCCUUUUGGAACAAUGAAUGUUAGUAAUAGUAUUUGGCCAGUUGUGCUACUGACAUACAAUCUACCUCCGUGGCUUUGUAUGAAGCAACCUUCGCUCAUAUUAUCCAUUAUCAUUGAUGGUCCUAAAGGACCGGGAAAUAAAAUUGACGUGUUCUUGCAACCGUUGAUUGAUGAAUUAAAGGAGUUGUGGGAUAUUGGGGUACAAACCUAUGAUGCUUCAGCUGAUCAGGUUUUUCAAUUGCAUGCUGCUUUGCUAUGGACAAUCAGUGAUUUUCCUGGUUAUGGUAAUAUAUCGGGUUGGUCUACAAAAGGUAUGUUUGCUUGUCCCAAUUGUGGUAAAGAUACGCAGUCUAAAUAUUUGAAGAAUGGCCAUAAAUUCUGCUAUUGUGGUCAUCGUCGUUUCUUACCCACCGGACACAGAUUAAGGAGGGAUAGAGUAUCCUUUGAUGGGACAAUAGAACUGAGGCAGAAGCCAACUCCUCUAUCCGUGGCAGAUUUACUACGUGAAUUAGAAACCGUACCUACGGAAUAUAAAAAAGAGGAUGUAAGAAAGAGAUGGAUGCAAAAUAAUACCAAAAAGAGGAAAGUUGAAGAAAGCACACAAAGUAUUUGGAAAAAGAGAAGUAUCUUUUUUGAGUUGCCAUAUUGGGCUGGCAAUCUUAUUAGACACAAUCUUGAUGUUAUGCAUAUAGAAAAGAAUGUGUGUGACAAUGUACUCUUUACAUUGUUAGGUGUUAAAGGUAAAACAAAAGAUAAUCUUAAUGCGAGAAAGGAUCUCCAAUUGCUGAAAAUCAGAAGUUCUUUGCACCCAAUUCCAAGACGCAAUGGAGCUUUAUAUUUGCCCGCGGCAUCAUUUACAAUGAGUAAACACGAGAAAAAUAUAUUUUGUGGUGUGCUAAAGAGACUCAGACCUCCUGAUGGUUAUGCGUCCAAUAUAUCUCGUCAUGUACAAUUAGAGAAACAGAUUAUAUGGGGUUUAAAGAGCCACGAUAAUCAUGUUCUCAUGCAAAAGAUACUUCCAAUUGCUGCACGUAGAGCAUUGCCUAAGAAUGUAGUUGAUGUUUUAAUUGAAUUAAGCAAUUUCUUUCGGACAUUAUGCUCUAAGAUGAAUUCUGUACACGAUUUAGAGAAACUUCAAGAUCGGAUUGUUCUCACGCUUUGUCAUCUAGAGAAAAUUUUUCCUCCUUCGUUUUUUGACAUAAUGGAACACUUGCCUGUACAUUUGGCUGAAGAGGCAAAAAUAGCUGGACCUGUACAGUUUCGGUGGAUGUACCCUAUUGAGAGGUAUCUAUCUACUCUAAAGAAGUAUGUACGUAAUCGAGCACAUCCUGAAGGCUCAAUUGCGCGUGGGUAUCUAAUGGAAGAAUGCAUGAACUUCUGUUCUAGAUAUCUUAAUGAUGUUGAAACUAAGGAGAAUCGACUACCUCGUAACUAUGACGGAAAUAAUCUCAUGGGUCGACGUUUAUUCUCGGGAAAAAGGUCUACCAUUGACAAAGAUACAUUGCUUCAAAUCCAUCGUUAUGUGCUCGCAAAUGCUGAUACAGUUGCACCAUAUCGAGACAUGCACCAAGUAAUAAUUAAAAGAGAAAAGCCCCGAGCAACUCCUAGGGAAAUUCAGUUUAUACACAGCCAAACUUUCUAUAUAUGGUUCAAGGCUUAUGUUCAAAGCUUGCAAGAAGCUUCCGAUCCACAACUUACUGGAGAAAUAAUUGCUCUUGCUAAUGGGCCAAUUCCACAUGCAACCAAAUACAAUGCAUGCAUCAUUGGAGGGUAUCGGUAUCGUGUGAAAAGUAAAGAUAUACACAAGAAAACUCAAUGUAGUGGGGUUGUUGUCAAUGCAGAUACAUUGAGUUUCGCUAGUGCUAAAGAUAAGAAGCCUCGGUCUGGGAAUGUCUCUUACUAUGGAGUUUUAACUGAUAUAAUUGACAUUCAGUACACAAAAGACAUUCAAUUUCUAAUGUUUAAAUGUGACUGGGUGGAUAAUGAGAGGGGAGUUAAACAAGAUGAGUUCAAGUUUACGCUUGUAAACUUUAAUUAUCUUAUGUAUGAGAGGAAUUUACCAACUGACGAGCCUUUUAUUUUAGCAACUCAGUCUCAACAAGUUUGGUAUAUUGCUGAUCCCGUGGAGUCAGAUUGGAAUGUAGUGGUAAAAAUGUCAAGAAGAGAUAGUUUUGACAUCUAUUCCACUAUUGAAGCCGAGAAACAUAGCAGUUUACAACUUGAUGAUGGUAUUCCAAAUCGAAAUGAGGAUGUUUGUUGGGUGAGGGAAGGAGUAGAAGGAGUUAUUGUGGAUGCGGUAGUUGGAACAGUUGAUCAUAAUGAAAUAGAAACUGAUAUGGAUGUAGAAGAUGAUUUGGAUGAAUAA